UUCCUUUGAACCCCCAAAUUGUAGGAGUAUUAAGCUGCUGUGAAAGCGGAAUUUCACCUGCCCCCACGAAUCUCCAGAAAAAACAUAAAUUACUCCUAAUUCUUCCUUUUUGAAAUGGAAACAGCUUCGUUUAGAAUUCUGCACACUCUUGGCAUCAACAACAGAAGAAGCAGCAAAUACCAUCAAAGCCCCCUAAACCAUCUUCACUUUCCCCCUCUAUUAUCCUAUACUUGCCGUAAAAGCUUCAAUUUCCGCGGCAACAGUUUGCAAUUCAAGAAGCGGUUCACAGCUUCCGGCAGCUCUCUUCAGCAGAAUUCAUCUCAACAACUUGCUGUUUUACUUGAAGUUGAAGGGGUCCUAAUGGAUGUUUAUCGCUUGGGCAACCGUCAAGCCUUCAAUGUAGCAUUUCGAAAGCUUGGGCUGGACUGUGCAAACUGGACUGAACCUAUCUAUUUAGACCUUGUAAGGAAGAGCACUGGUGACGAAGAAAUGAUGUUAAUCUUGUAUUUUAACAGGAUUGGCUGGCCUAGUUCUCUACCCACAAGUGAGAAGGAAACAUUUAUGAAAAGUGUGUUGCGAGAAAAGAAGAAGGCAUUGGAUGAUUUGGUGUUGUCAAAAAGUUUACCUUUAAGACCUGGCGUUGAAGAUUUUAUUGAUGAUGCGUGUGAUGAAGGCAUACCUGUUGUCAUCCUGACAGCCUACAGUAGAAGCAGUGAUAAAAUAUCAAGAUCCAUUGUUGAAAAACUUGGUGAGCAUAGAAUAUCGAAGAUAAAGAUGGUUGGGAAUGAUGAGGUGGAGCAGAGUUUUUAUGGCCAACUUGUACUUGGUAAAGGUGUAUCUUCUAGUUUGGAUGAGCAACUAGCCAAAGAAGCAAGGAAAGCAGCUUCUGCUGAGAAACAAAGAAUUGCAGAAGAUGUUGCAUCGAUGCUAAAGUUAAGUGUUGAUAUUGAUACAAGCUCACCUGAAAGCUUAAAGAAGAUUGUGGCUGCACAGCGAGCAGGAGCAGAAUUUGCUGGGGUCCCUGUUUACAACUGUGUGCUCGUUUCUGGAAGCCAAUCUGGAAUUGCUGGAGCUGAACAUAUAGGCAUGCCUUGUAUUGUUCUUCGGAGCAGUUUGACAUCUAGGGCAGAGUUCCCUUCAGCAAGAGCAAUAAUGGACGGUUUCGGUGGUGCAGACCUGACAGUCUCUAGACUGCGGAACAUGUCAUGAAUGUCAUUCAAAUGCUUACUGUUGUCUUAUUUGUCUAUUCUCUGAGCUUCUCUAUUGUAUAUUUUUCCCUCACCAAAUGUUGUGUUAAGAAGUGCUAUUGUGCAGAGAAACAAGUUGUGCAGUCAAUAUAUGUUACUGCUCACUGUAGGUCCCGAUUAUUGAGCUCAUUUUGAGUAUUCCUUUCAAACUAGAGAGCUCUGUAAUGCUUGCUAGAGUUGACAGGAACUGGCUUUAGCUUCAUGCCAUUGACCUAUGCUAUGAUGAUUAUUGCUAUCAAAAUCUUUAUUUCCCUA